GCUCCUCCGCGCCGUAUGAAUCAACAUUCCUUUUCAUGUGCGAUCACCGCGAGUGAAGACGCUCAUUUUUCCUAUUUCGUAGAACCUCUCUAUCGCCGAGGACAUAUUCAAUCCACGAUAUGGAGGCGGUAGCAGCGAGUGGUGAACCCAUGGACGUCAACACAGCCCUCCAAGAAGUGCUGAAGAUGGCCCUCAUGCACGACGGUCUCGCUCGCGGUCUUCACGAAGCAGCCAAGGCUCUGGACAAGCGGCAAGCUCAUCUGUGCGUCCUGGCCAACAACUGCGACGAAACCAGCUACGUGAAGCUCGUCGAGGCCCUUUGCGCUGAACAUCAGAUCAACCUGAUCAAGGUGGACAGCAACAAGAAGCUGGGCGAGUGGGCAGGCCUGUGCAAGAUUGACAAAGAGGGCAAGGCCCGCAAGGUGGUCGGCUGCAGCUGCGUCGUGGUCAAGGACUACGGCAAGGAGACCCAGGCCCACGACGUGCUCACCGACUACUUCCAGUCCAAGAGGGGCUGAAGUGGGGACGCCACCAGCUGAAUAAAACUCGAAACAACCCUC